GCAUCUUCCCGCUGCGCCUCCAAGCGUUGCAGAAGAGCAACGGCCAGCAUGCCAGCAGAGCCCAGUUUUACUCCUUCUCUUCUCCUCUUCUUUUUCUCUCUGGCGUUUGUGUUUGCUUACGGAAUACCAAUACCUUGCUUACCAUCGCGCCAACACGUUCUGCGGUUUCCUUUUGGCGCCAACACGUGCUGGUGCCAACGGGAUGAGGGGCCGGGAGGCGAACCGGUGGAUUCGGAUGGGGAUGUCUGCGCCGGGAUCAUCUCGGGGAUCAAGUCUUCUUUCGAAGCUCGUGCUCAACGUUAGUUUGAUGGAGUCUUU